AUGUCGGGCAUUUUUGAAACUUACGAAAAGGAAUAUCGGACCCUGGCAGAUGAUAUUAGCAAAAACAUAUCUGGACAGUAUUCUACUGCUGUUGGAGACCAACGCAAGAUUCUACAAAACAAGCUUCAAAGAGAACUUGAAGAGGCCGAUGAGAUUAUUGGUCAAAUGGAAAUGGAACUGGUUUCGCUUCCAGCACAGCAGCGAGUAUCCGUUAGUCCUCGUGUCCAGCAAUACAAGGAGGAGCUCAAGAAAUUCAAAAAAAACCUUGCAAGUACCCAACUUUGUUCAAUGAUUGGGUUUAGACCUAUGAUAUCCAUUACUCAAAAAAAAGUUGCAUCGGGUGGUGCUGAUGCAGCAUCUGAGCGUGACCAACUUCUUGGUGGGUCAGCCAACAUUGAUUUAGAAGCUGCCAAUAUGGAUCAGCGUGGACGUUUACUUCAAGGAACGGAACGAUUGCAGAAUAGUUCACGCAGGCUGGAAGAUGCUCGUCGUAUUGCUUUGGAAACUGAACAAAUAGGUAUUAGCACAUUGUCAGAUCUGAAUUCUCAGCGUGAGCAAAUCAUUCGUACACAAAACAGACUUGGAACUGCAGAUUCAUGGAUUGCCAAAAGUCAAGGCGUCCUCAAGACAAUGCAACGUCGAUUGUCUCAGAAUAAGCUUCUUACUGCAGGAAUUAUUGCUCUGCUAGUAUUUUUGAUUCUAGCAGUUAUUGUAGCAAAGUUUGCUUGAUAUAAUAACCCAGGUACUGCUUUGGUAGCAAGUUGAUAUUGUGACCCAGAAUAUUGUUUAUUGGUGGUAUCUCUUUACCAAUAAAUUUCACUCAUUUAUUUU